AUGAAAUCUGACGAUUUAAGCUAUCUCCAGAGAAUCCUAACCAAUGGCAUCAUUCAUCACUCGAGGAGGUUCUUGCUCGUAAUCGAUGACGCGCAGGAGGAUAUAUGCCGAGAAGAUUGCCAUGAAUGGAAGAGUUUCCUCGCCCCACUGAAAUGUGCCAAAUCAGGUAGUAUGGUUCUGGUGACCACAAGGUCUCUCAAGGUUGCUGAUCAUGUUGGUACAGUGAAGCCUUUCGUGUUGGAGGGCUUACCUGAAGGAGUUCUUUGGGAGUUCUUUAGGAUGCAUGCGUUCGGUUCUGAUAAUUCUGACCGCAAUACAGUGUUAGCGAGCAUUGGCAGAAGUAUGGUAUCAAGGUUAAACGGUUCUCCUCUGGGUGCCAAAAUGCUUGGACGACUAUUAAGCCUGAAACAUGAUCCAAUAUACUGGAGAAACAUCUUGGAAAGUGAGUUGUGGAAGCUACAUCACGAGGAGAAGGAAAUGAUGUUCACACAUGAAGGGGAGGAGAAGAACAGCAUCAGCCCAGCCCUUAAGUUGAGCUACCAAUAUCUGCCAUUCCAUCUGAAGCGCUGCAUGUCCUUCUCUUCUGUGUACCCAAGGGACUAUGAGUUUGACGCGGAGACACUAGUGGAUUGCUGGGUAGCAGCGGGCUUAGUGUUGCCUUAUGGAGGAAUGCUUGCACUGGAUGUGGGCCAUGGGUAUUUCCAGCAGCUUGUGAAUCGAUCCUUCUUUCAGAAAGCUCCAACAUCUUCCAGAUAUAUCAUGCAUGAUUUGGUGUACGCUAUGGCACAGCAAAUUUCCAGCAAUGAAUGCUUUGUGAUAAACAAUAGAGAAGACUUAUCGAGAAUUCCUCCCAAUGUUCGUCAUUUAUCAGUUCUUGGCAGCAGUGGACUGAAAAGUAGUGAUCUAGAAAGCCUGCACAUGUACAAGACGUUGCGUUCUGUUAUAUGCAUCAGUAUGGACUCUGAUAUUGUCACUACUUCUGUUGCUGAAACACGGUUCAGUGAUCUCGUUAACAUUCGAAUGCUCAGAUUCAUAUCCUGUCAGCUGAAGGAGCUACCUGAAAAUGUGGGCAACCUAAUACAUCUUCGCUAUCUUGACAUCUCUGCCUGCGAUUUUGACAAGUUUCCGGAUUCUUUUUGGCGUCUCUAUAAGCUGGAAAUUUUAGAUGCUCGAAACUGCAAAAUCAGAGAUGUUCCCAAGGGUAUCAUCAAGUUAGUAAACUUGCAGAGAGUUAGACUGAAGGAUGAUCUUAUGAGACAACUCGGUGUGUGCCGAGUAUAGGUAAUCUUGUCUUUCUUCAGGAGAUGCCUUGCUUUGAUGUCAGUGAUGAGCCUGGGAGAAGAAUUCAAGAAUUAAAGAACAUGAACCAUAUUCGAGGAAUAUUGGAGAUAAGUGGCCUCUGCAGCGUCAUGGAUAUGGUGCAAUCUGCUGAGGCUGAAUUAGAUAAGAAGAUUUACAUUGAUACAUUGAUUCUGUCGUGGCACGAGUCGAUCAGGCCUGAAAAGCACAACAGUGGCCAGGAGAUGGAAGUGCUUGAAGGCCUGCGCCCUUGCUCCAAUAUCAAACAUCUGGAAGUCAAGUUUUAUAUGGGCGAUGGGCUCCAUCCAAGUUGGCUCCAUGAAGAUGUGCUAAGCAGCUUGGCGUCGCUCUCGAUCAGCUCAUGUCCUAACGUUGCAACCCUUUUCGGCGAACCCUCCAGAACAGGCGGUAGCACCAGCAGCUCUACCGGGUUCCGGUCACUCACCAAGCUGUGCAUUACCUGGUGCAGAAGGCUAAGAGGCCUUGACAAUUUCCUGCAUCCAGAUAACCUGCCGGCGAUCAAGGUGGUAAGGAUCUCAAACUGUGAGGACCUAGCGUCACUGCCAACCAAGAGCCUUGGGGACUUUGUUCAUCUGGAGGAUCUGGAGGUGUCUCACUGCUGGAGCCUCGACUGGGAGCAAAGCUUGGCCUUGCCCGCGUCGCUGAAAGUACUCAAGCUUGAGGCAUGUGGGGAGUUCUCCGAUUCGACGCUCAGCUGCCUCCGCGGCCUCGUCGCUCUUGCCAGCUUGGACCUACAGUUCUGCCCGAGCAUCGAGUCCAUUUGCACCGAAACCUGGAGCGGCCUAGUGUCACUGCAGAACCUGAAGAUCGUAUGCUGCCAGGGACUGAAUUCGAUUGGAGGACCAGGCUCGAUUGCACGUAUAAAAGACGUGGAUAUCAGGCACUGCCCCAAGCUGAAAGAGCUAGUGCAGCCGUUUCGUAGAGGCUGCUACUGCUAGCCAACGAUGGUUAUGUAUUCUGCCGGCUCCUCUCCCCUGGCAGUUGCUCGGUUGAUGUUAUGUGUCUAGACUCUUUUUUUUAGACUCUCAUUUUGUGUAUCAAGGGGGACCCUUCAGCCUCUUUUAUUUGUACUCCUAGAUCGUACGGCCCGGUACAACCCUGUUUGGCACACGCGUGGAUCACCAUGUUCUAUUCUUCAUCGAUGGAUGUUGUUUCUUUA